AUGGGUGCCAAGUCCAACAGAGUCAAGCAGCUGAAAGAGGCUAGAGACAGGAAGAAACGCAAGUUGGACGAUACAAUUGACCCAACACCGAACGCCAAGCCAAUGAAGAGGCGUAUGGAACUGCUGAGAACGGAUGCAAAGACGCUUGACAAGGAGUGGGAGGAUGUAUUUGAGGAGGAGGAUAAUGCCGACUCUGACUCUAACAGCGAUCCUGAGAGCGAGAUCAACGACAUUCAGAGGAAUACGGUCAUCAUGGUAGACGAGGUCGGUCGGUACGUGAGUGCUCGAACCAAGGACGGCUCACUCAGCAAAUCAGGACAGGAAAACCUCGAGGCAGUUCAAUAA